AGUUCAGCCAAGACCUUGAGCCUUGAAUUUGCUAAUGAAAGGAUAACAGAUAUUUGCUGCGUGGAAAUAAGCAACCGGAUACGUGAAGCCUAAAUGUAAUUUUCUUUCAAAAAUCAAAACAUCAGCAUGACUUCUUUAUUAAAAAAAGAGGUAGUUGAGGAGGCAGAACCACAACAAGAAGAAAGAAUACUAAUAUAUGAAGUGCAUGAAGUAGAACAGUGCGAAAAUGAGGAAAGUUGCGACGCAGAUGUAGAUCAACCAAGCCAAGAUGAAGCAGGCCAAGCAAGUUCUUCGCGGUAUAUUCAUCUCGAUGAGAAUAUAUACUUCUGCAAAUCAUGCAACAAAACUUUCUCCAACCUAACUGAGCUUGAAAAACAUGCUGAAUUCCAUAACGGAACAGAGAAAUUUCAUUCGUGUGUUCUUUGUCUGAAAGAAUUCAAAGAAAAGAGGUAUUUAUACAAUCACUACUAUAUAUGCCAUCCUGAUAUGAAACCGUUUUCUUGCGAUUCUUGUAAUGAAAGUUUCUAUAGUAAAAGUGAACUGAACAUUCACAGUAGAUGCCACAGAGAAAGAAAGAUUUUUCAAUGCGAUGUAUGUGGUAAAGUUUUCCGGCGUAAAUCAAAUCUUGUUGCUCAUCAUGUUACCCACUCUCAAGAAAAGAUUUUCCCAUGCGAGUAUUGUGAUAAAAGUUUCUCUCGUAAGGGUUCGCUUACGGUUCAUGUCCGUAUUCACACUCAAGAAAAAUCGUAUAUUUGUUCUGUUUGCGAGGAAGCUUUCUACCAAAAAGGCCACUUAGAUCGACAUUCUCUCACUCAUACUAAAGAAAGGCCUUUUGAAUGUGAAGUUUGUUUGAUGGAUUUCUUUACUAAAAGAGAUCUCCAAAGACACUUAUACUCUCACACUAAAGAAAAACCAUUUAGAUGUGGCCAGUGUAAUAAGGGAUUUAUGCGUAAACAAUCUUUGAAGAAGCAUGAAGAAUUACAUCAGAGAACUGAGACAUGUGUGUUGAUCGUUACUGAUAAUGCUUCUAACAGUGAAUCUAAUUAAGCAGCAGCUACUUGUUGUACAUAAGAACGCUUCUUGACUUCAUACUAUCAAUUGUUUAUGCAUAAUUUGUAAUUAGCAGAAUUAAUAGUCAAAAGGAAGAAUGUAGAACUGCAUAAUUUAAUUUGACGUAUAUAGUUCGAAAAUUUACCUUUAAAUGUAUAACAUGUCCGUAAAUUCUCACAGUAUCCAUAAAAUUUAUCAUUCAUUAUUAUUGUGUACUUUUUUUUUUCUUCAGAAAAUACAGUUAUGUUUAAAUUUUGCUGAAAGAACAUCAAUACAAUCAUUAAUGAUUAAUAUAGUUAUUGUAUCAGUUAAAGUGAUUGAAAUUUUUUUUCUCUUUAUGUUGAUUGUUACUUAAGAUUAACAUGGUUUAUAAUGUUACAUUCCUAUUUUAUGAAAAGAUUUUAAUAAUUAUUCUGAUAAUAUUAGUCAUUUAUUCGUGUAAAUUUUUGUUUGUUCAAUAACUUUGACUGAAAUUCUUUCAGUGGGUAGUCUAUAAUUCAUUUCUGUUAUUACUUUGUUUCGUUACGUAUUUGUCAGCAGAUUCCACUGCUAAGAAUUGUUGAUAUAAAAAAUUUAUCAUGUAGUAUUUCAGAUAAAGUAAUUAAAAACUUUUCAUUGUGUUA